AUGCGUCUACGUCGCCUUGUGGAGGAAUAUUUCAAGAACUCAACACUGCACGGUGCCAAAUUUAUUGUUGACAAGGAUGCAUCUUGGGUGGAGCGUCUAUUUUGGGGGCUUUGUCUAGUGGCAUCCUGGUUGGCCUCUUGGCGCUUGAUAAAGGUUUCAUUGGAUGCCUUCGAACACAAUGCCAUUAGUUUUGUGGUUGAGAGUUCUUAUCGUGAUUGGGACACAAAUUUCCCGGCGAUUGUUAUUUGUGAAUCGAAAAAUAUGGAUCGCAUACAAGAAGUGGCUGAACAACUUUGGGGCACAGAACACGAUUUCACGCUGGAGGAAGUGCUUAGCGAAAUAUCCUUCUUUCGUGGCGAGUCAUAUCACACGGUGCACGAGUGUGGCGGCGAAGAGCCGGCUGAGAACUGCUUUUACUCAAACUUCUCCUACUAUGCUCAGCUGGUUCGCAGCAGUUGUCCAGAUUCCAUUCAAAAUUGUAUGUGGAACGAUAAGGCUUUUGAAUGCUGCAAGUAUUUUCAGCGUAUGGAAACGGAGUUGGGCAUUUGUUAUGCCAUCAAUUCGCUGCAAGCUGGAAAAAAUAACGGUCCUAAACUUAAUAUGUACUCAAAUCGUUACACUGGACCUGGUUCAUUGAAAAUGGAACUACACACGGAAGCCACAGUUUUUAUUCUUGGCGAGGAAGAGGUGCCCACCUUUGUUACACCAAAGACGGAUUAUCUAUUGGUCGGUCCUUACGUUUCAUUUGUCCGCCACAUAUCCAAGCGUGACAUUCAAAACGAUGAGCAAAUUCGCGAUACCAGCGUAACUCAACGGAAUUGUCGUUUCAGUGAUGAGAAUAAUCUGGAUGUCCAUCGCUACUACAGUUACUCGGCCUGCACCGUGCAGUGUCGCAAAGAUCGACAAAUUGAAUUGUGCAAUUGCUCCAGUCACCUCUCGCCGAAUACACCAGAUUGGCAGAUGUGCAAUAUGGAUGGUUUGGAGUGUUUAAAUCGCAAUUAUGAAGAUCUAUCGGUUAUUAUAGCGAAGUGGUCACGAGGACGAAAGGGUCUGGUCUGCGAUUGCUUGCCAUCCUGUACGGAAGUUGAUAUUUCUACGGUGCACGACAGCAAGGAAAACAUUUUUGAAAAUCAAAAUCCGUUGGCUAAAAUCGAAAUCUCCUUGAUAGAGCUGCCAACUGAACGUUAUAAACGAAAUGUUGUGCGUGGAAAAUUGGAUUUAGUUGUAUCCAUUGGUGGCACCACAGGCCUUUUUGUAGGGGCCAGCCUAUUAAGUUUCGUCGAGAUUGUUUAUUACAUAACGAUACGUCCAUACGGUACAGUGUUGGCGGAAAAACGUCAAAUGCGUCAGAAAAUGCAGAUUUCUUAA